GAGGCGGGACUUGUCAUGAUUGAUGUCCCCUGGGCCAAUGGGGCGGGGAGGCGGGUCUCCGCCGGCCGUCUGGAGUUUGAACGGGCGGGCGGUUGCGGCCCAGCGCUGGGAGAGGGGCGACGGGACGGGCCGAGCGGCCGGCGGCUCGGUAUGGACACCCUCAUCCCCGUCGUCAACAAGCUGCAGGAGAUAUUCGGCACGCUGGGGGCCGAACUCAUCCAGCUGCCGCAGAUCGUGGUGGUGGGGAGUCAGAGCAGUGGGAAGAGCUCGGUGCUGGAGAGCAUCGUGGGGAGGGACUUCCUUCCCCGGGGGUCCGGCAUCGUGACGCGCCGCCCCCUCGUCCUUCAGCUGGUCAACGUGGUGUCGGCGGAGGAGAGGAAGCAGGCAGCCGGUGGGGACAACGGGACCGUUGUUGAGGAAUGGGGGAUGUUCCUGCAUUGCAAGAAUAAGAUCUUUGUGGACUUUGAUGAAAUCCGACAGGAGAUUGAGAAUGAGACGGAGCGUAUGACAGGCACCAACAAGGGGAUCAGCCCGGAGCCUAUUCACCUGAAGAUCUUCUCGCCCCACGUUCUCAACCUGACCCUGGUCGACCUCCCUGGUAUCACCAAGGUCCCAGUCGGAGACCAGCCCCCAGAUAUCGAGCAGCAGAUCCGCGAAAUGCUGGCGACGUACAUCAGUAACCCCAACUCCUUGAUCCUGGGGGUGACGGCUGCCAACACUGACAUGGCCACCUCGGAGGCCCUGAAGCUGGCCCGUGACGUCGACCCGGACGGCCGUCGCACGCUGGCGGUGAUCACGAAGCUGGACUUAAUGGACGCUGGCACAGAUGCCAUGGACGUAUUGAUGGGCCGAGUGGUCCCAGUGAAGCUCGGCAUCGUCGGGGUGGUCAACAGGAGUCAGCACGACAUCAACGUCAACAAGAGCAUUGCCGAUGCCAUCCAGGAUGAACAGGCCUUCCUGCAGAAGAGGUACCCGUCGCUGGCUAACCGCAAUGGAACCAAAUACCUGUCCAAGACGCUCAACAGGUUACUGAUGCACCACAUCCGGGACUGCCUCCCGGAGCUGAAGACCCGGGUGAACGUGCUGACGGCCCAGUACCAGUCCAUGCUCAACAGCUACGGGUACCCCAUCGAGGACCACAACGCCACCCUGCUCCAGAUCAUCACCAAGUUCGCCACGGAAUACUGCCACACCAUCGAGGGCACAGCGAGGAACAUCGAGACCUCCGAGCUCUGCGGCGGAGCCCGGAUCUGCUACAUCUUCCAUGAGACGUUCGGCCGCACCCUGGAGUCCAUUGACCCGCUGACGGGACUGACCACACUGGAUGUGCUGACUGCCAUCAGGAACGCCACGGGCCCGCGGCCAGCUCUCUUCGUCCCCGAGGUGUCCUUCGAGCUGCUGGUGAAGAGGCAGAUCAAGCGGCUGGAGGAGCCGUGCCUGCGCUGUGUGGAGCUGGUUCACGAGGAACUGCAGAGGAUCAUCCAGCACUGCUCCACCAACAACACCCAGGAGCUGCUGCGGUUCCCAAAGCUGCACGACGCCAUCGUGGAGGUGGUGAUGGGUCUGCUGCGCAGAAGGCUGCCCGUGACCAACGAGAUGGUGCACAACCUCAUUGCCAUCGAGCUGGCCUACAUCAACACCAAGCACCCUGACUUCAGCGACGCUGCCAUGGUUUCCGCGUCGGUGAACAGUACCCAGGCUGAGGCGCUACAGGACGGGGGCCACAAGUGGAAGGCAGACAGAGCCGAGGAGCGGUGGUCCGAGGAGAAGUCCAGGAGUUCGGCCGGUCCCGAGCAGUCCAGCCAUGGCAAAGGGCACGCGGUCAACCUGCUGGACGCGCCGGUGCCGGUGUCCCGGAAGCUGAGCCUGAGGGAACAGCGGGACUGCGAGGUCAUCCAGCGGCUCAUCAAGUCUUACUUCCUCAUAGUGCGGAAGGGCAUCCAGGACAGCGUCCCGAAGACAGUGAUGCACUUCCUGGUGAACCACGUGAAGGACAACCUGCAGAGCGAGCUGGUGGGGCAAUUGUACCGCUCCCAGCUCCUGGACGGGCUGCUCACUGAGUCCGAGGACGUGGCUGCCCAGCGCACUGAGGCCGCCAGCAUGCUGAAGGCGCUGCAGAGAGCGAGCCUCGUCAUCUCGGAGAUCAGAGAGACCCAGCUGUGGUGACGGCAGACCAGAGGUGGUGACAGCUCGGGCUCAGAGACCAGUUCUCCACACCAACAGCCCCUCCACUCCCCUCCCCCCUCCCCCCCCCCCCCCCCCCCCCCCCCAAAUGGUGGCUGGUGAGGUGCCCAUCCCAUGGCAGCUGCCUUUGAGCUGCAGAUAACUGGAGAUGCUGGCUGACUUCCCCUCCGCCCCUCGCCCUCUCCCACCCCCGCUCUCCCUCUGCCUGUCUCUCUCUCCCUCCCCACCUCACCCCAUCUUCUCCCCCGUCACUCCCCCCAUCUUCCCCCUUGCCCCCCCCCCCCACCGUGAGCUGUGUACAUAUUUCUCCCCUUCCCCUGUGUACUCAGUGACCAUGUGCGCUGUUUCUGCGGUGAGAGUCUGUAAUUUAUCGUACGCUGUGAAUGCUGCCCUGUCCGCAGGAGAGGUCGACCCUUUCCCAGGAGCGGGGACCCUGCCUGGGGACUGCUGGAGCUGGCCCUUGCCCAGCCCUGGGAGCAGGGAAGGCCCAGCCUGUGGCUCUGCAGUGACACCCCCGCCGUGUGUUCCACUGAAAUAAAGGCCGGCAACUGAAA